AAUAGAAACCAGCCGGGAGACCCACGUGAUCGUGAAAAUCGAAAUGGUGGAUAUAUCGAGACGCAGGAUCCGACGACGAGUUGAAGGACGAUAACUGGGCAAGGGCCUAGUGGGUUAAUCAUUGUCCUGGAAUAACUAUCCAUCUGAUUUUAUCUCGUUCGUAGUAAGUAGUGUUCGGUCGGUGACUGUGGAAACUUCUGACUAGUGAACAGUAUCGCUAAACGCUAUAACGGUGAAGUGUAUUUGUGCCUCGAGCGAAGGGGACAGACCCGGACGGCAACACACGGGGCUUAAGAAGCAUGCGUGAGAGCCGAGAUUUUUGUUGUUCCGCGUACAGCAGUGUUUCUGUCACUAGGAAUUUCACCGCAAAACCCAUCGAAUCCUCGGCAAGCCGUAAGGAGCGCUGAUUUUGCGUUAUGGAAUGAUUCGUUCUAUUCAUCAUGUGAAAUGUAACUCAAAUGAUCGUACUAUUGAUUGAAUUUAAUAACCAUCAAACACAUAAUACUCAAGGCAUAAUAGUGCUGCCUAACUCCAAGAAAUUAUAGAUUUUUCUAGUCCAUUGGAAAAAUUGUGUAACAGUCUCAAUUUCAGCAGCGAUAGUAGCAGGCGAGAGUUGAAUUAUAUCAUACAAACUAUUACAAAUGAGUGAUCAAACCAGUAUUUGAAGGAAUUUAGUUGUUAUUGUACAGAUGUAGAGUAUAUUUUGGUUUCCGUUCAUAAUUGAGACUGUUAAUUUAUGUGUAUUUUAUUAGUUAAGGGACUCCUCCAUUGAUUUGCAACUGUAUAUUGAAACAGUUUCAAAAAAGCUUACAAUAUUUAAUCAAAGCACUGAAACAACUAUUCAACUUGGCAAAAUAAUUUCUAAUUGUAUCACGACGAACAAAACUAGAACAACAUUUAUAAUAAUCAGUAUAUUAAAAUGAAAAACUAAUGCUACAUAAAGUAACAUACUAAUUAAUAUACUUUCAUGAUUUGAAAUAAAAGGUUGGUCACCAGAUUACUAUGUGAAUGCGGUUAAUGGGGUACAGCGAAGAACUGUCGAAGAGUGUAACUUUCAAGUGUUUGAGUAAAUCAAUAUUUAAAGUCAUAAAAACACACAAUUAACCGAUAUUUCUAAAGUAUCAGAAGCUUAUUAACAAGAUGUGUAAAAAGUAUUUUAAACACUACCAACGUCAGGCGGAUACAACGUUGCAGAGAGGAGAUGAAGCGGUUCUGAAGUGUUUUAUAGACGACAUAGGACAAUCUUAUUAACCCUAGUAAGAGCAAGGGUUAAAAAAUGGACAGCAACGGAUCAGGAGUAGUGCAAGUAUUCGUGGGCCAGUGGAGCGCUGAAUACGAAGCACUCUCAAUCAAAGCCACGAAACAAACAUCAUCCGCAGAGAUUGUAGAAUGUAUAAUCGAGCGGUUAGGAUUUGUCGACGCAACCCACGCUAACAGCUAUGAGUUAGCCGAAGUUGUUAGCAAUUCUGUAGGGCAGGUGUGCAAAGAGAGAAGACUCGGACCAACGGAGUGUCCAGUAGCCCUGAUGUUGUUAUGGCCAAAAAAUGCAGCUCAGCAGGAAUACUAUAGGUUUUAUUUACGCAAAAAGCAGUCAGACUACUUGUGGUCUGACAGCAGAUUUCCCAUGGAUCCUCAACUCUUGAAGGACUAUUUUAAUAGAUUCUUGUAUCAACCUCGAGACAAAGAGUACCCCGAUCUUUGCCAACUGCCAGACCUCAACGAACAAACUCUGUUAGACAAUUUAAGGGCAAGAUUUUUGGCUGGAAACAUAUACACCUAUGUUGGAAGUAUCUUGAUAGCAUUAAAUCCAUUUAAAUUCUAUCCCAUUUAUAAUCCAAAGUAUGUUAAAUUGUACCAAAACCGAAGACUUGGUCCCGACAUACCACCGCACAUAUUUGCAAUAGCUGAUGCAGCAUAUCACUGUAUGCUCAAAGAAAAGCGGAAUCAAUGUAUCGUUAUUAGUGGAGAAAGUGGUUCCGGAAAAACCGAAUCAACUAAUUUUCUAUUGCAUCAUUUGACUGCUCUCAGUCAAAAAGGAUCACAUGGCAGCGGAGUGGAACAAACUAUUCUGAGUGCUGGGCCAGUUCUGGAAGCUUUUGGCAAUGCCAAAACGGCACACAACAACAAUAGCAGUCGGUUUGGCAAAUUCAUUCAAGUCAACUACAAAGAAAAUGGAAUGGUUCACGGAGCAGUGGUUCAAAAAUAUCUCCUAGAGAAGUCAAGGAUAGUGUCACAAGGAAAGAAUGAAAGAAACUACCAUGUAUUCUACUAUUUAUUGGCUGGAGCCAGUGAACAAGAGAGGAAAGUGCUUCAUCUUGGAACUACAGACCAAUAUAAUUAUUUGAAUAAAAGCGGGUGUUACGGACUUGAGAAUAUCGACGAAAGACAUGAAUUCUCUAGGCUAAAGCAGUCAAUGGAAAUGGUCGGAUUCACUCCUGAGAAGCAGAGACGAUUAUUUGCUGUUUUGUCUGCAGUUCUAUUGCUUGGUAACGUGGAGUUUCAACCCAGAAAGUCAUAUCAUCACCACGACGAAGCUGUUGCAGUUAAGAACCCUGAAGUUGUAGCGCUUAUCUCUGAGCUACUCAGGGUAAAACAAGACACGCUACUAGCUGCAUUGACUGCCAAAAGAGCAAGAGCGUCAGGUGAAACAUUAGUAAUCAAUUACAGACUUCCAGAAGCAAUUGCUGCCAGAGAUGCAAUGGCUAAGUGUUUGUAUGGAGCACUAUUUGAUUGGAUCGUCCUCCAGGUGAACCAUGCUCUGUUGUCAAAAAAAGACACAUUGAGGGAUCACCAAGGAAAUAGUAUUGGUGUCUUGGACAUUUUUGGGUUCGAAGAUUUUAAGAUGUGCAAUAGUUUUGAACAACUGUGUAUUAAUUACGCGAACGAACAAUUGCAACAUUAUUUCAAUCAGCACGUUUUCCAAUACGAACAGCGGGAAUAUAGAAAGCAAGGUAUAAGAUGGACUGAUAUUGGGUACAGUGAUAACUCAGGCUGUCUGCACCUUAUCGAGGGGAAACCUAACGGUCUUCUAUGCCUUCUUGACGAUCAAUGCAACUUUCCUGGUGCAACAAAUGAGACACUACUGCAGAAAUUUAAUUCGGUACACAAAGAUUCACCAUUUUAUGAGGCACCUCAGCGUCGUGAGGCAGCAUUUGUUGUAAGACAUUAUGCCGGGACUGUCAAAUAUCAAGCAGCGAAUAUGAGAGAGAAAAAUCUUGAUUUGAUGCGUCCAGAUGGGGUUGUGGGUGUUUUAAAGAAUUCUUCCCUUGCCUUUGUUCGCGAGCUAGUCGGAGCAGAUCCUGUUGCAGUGUUCAGAUGGGCGAUCCUUAGAGCUUUUUUCCGUGCACACUUUGCAUUUCAGGAAGCAGGUCGGGCACAUAGACAUGGCAGAGCCGACGGGAACAAAUCUUCUGUGCAAAAUAGGUACAGGACACCCAAUGAAAAUUUGAUAAGUUCACACAAACAUAGUCGUCUACCAAGUUAUCAGAAGCAGCGCAGUGUCUGCUUACAACCAACAACUCCAACUGCCACAUUAACACAAAACGAAAACCACGACAGUGUAAACAACAACCGGCUAUCUUGGCCGCAGUUUAGAAACGUAAAUCAGGUUCAACAUGCAACGAAUGUUUCUCCAUCGAAGAAUUGCUUAAUAAAGGGAAGGGAAGAUCUAUCUGAUGGCCAUAAUAAGUUCAGGCGGGGCACUCAUAUGCCUCUAGAGAAGGUGCUUCCUAAAGACGAAGCAAACGUCAUGGAACGCGCUAAUCAGAUCGUUAUGAAGAACAAAUCAUUCCGACCACGGGAACGGGGGAAAAAAGGCUUAAAAAAUCUCCAAACUGUUAAAACACUUGCUGGGCGAACUCAGAGCUAUGGUACAGGAGGUGGUCCUGGAAAAGCAAGAAAACAACCGAUGACGGUUUCAGCACAAUUUCAGCAAAGCCUGCACAGCUUAAUGGACACUUUGAACCAGGCGAAUCCCUUCUUUAUUCGAUGCAUUAAAAGUAAUGCUAAUAAGGUUCCUAACAAGUUUGAUGAAGAAACUGUGCAGCGGCAGCUUAGGUACACUGGUAUGCUAGAAACUGUACGAAUCAGACAAGCUGGAUUCAAUGUCAGGCUGGCCUAUGAAGAGUUCAUUCAACUUUAUCGGAUGCUACUUCCUAAAGGCCUUCUCAGUUCGCAAUCGGACGUCAGAGAUUUCCUUCUUACUCUAAAUUUGAACAGGGAUAACUAUCAGCUUGGAUCCACUAAAGUAUUUCUACGGGAAUCAGAAAAAAUCAAAUUGGAUAUUGAACUGCAUCAGCAAAUCAUAACUAGCAUCACAACCAUACAGAAGUGGUUUCGAGCUUGUCUUGAAAGAAGAAAGUUCAUUAGACUAAAAAAUGCUGCUGUUCAAGUCCAAUCGUUUUGGAGAAUGGUUAGCGCUCAGAGAUUAGCACAAAGUAUACGUGCACGUGAAGCAGCAGUUCGCAUUCAGGCUUUGUGGAAGGCUUACAAACAGCAGAAGUGGUUUAAAAAGCUUAGAGCCGGUGUAAUUGCUUUUCAAGCCUGUGUCAGAGGAAAUAUUGCAAGAAAAAUGUAUUAUGACAUGAAGAAAAAACGAACAAUUGUGACUGAUAUUUUGGCCGACCAGGAAUUGCAGCGACGAAGAAUUGAGAAUACUGAUGUUGCAGUCAAGAAAUUGAACCACAUGGGUACAGACUAUAAAGACUCUACAUUUGCAGACAAUAGAGAUUUCAACAGAUGUCGCGAUGGCGAUGAGACGAAUAACGAAGAGCAAUUUUUAUCUCAAGCAUCACAAGUUUCUUGCGAAGAAUUACCUUCUGACCCACCAAAGAAGGCAGAAUCUCAUGAAUUUAUUCUACCACCUUUAAGGAUCGAGGACAAGAAUAAAGAGGCUUUGGUUGUCGACUCAAACAUUUCCUACUCUAAGCGAAAGUUAACAGCUAACAAACGAUUGUUGACUGAUCCUUCUACACCCCUGAAAAUGGUAGAGCCGUUGUAUGGUGAAGAUGUAACAGAGCGCAAAGGGAGUCUUGAAAGUUUGGCAAGCUUAAGAAGUUUUGAAUCUCAAGUUAGUGCUGAUAGCUCUGAGUCUCACUAUUCUCAAGAAAAUGUUGUCAGUGGUAACUUGAAUAACAAGCCUGUUCCGAUUACGAGAACAAAGCGAGGCGAACCAAAUCCAUCGAUUUCUCUCAAUACGAAUUUAAUACAUAUAAAUAGAACAUCUGUAACUAAUAGAAGAACAGACAGUACAUCAACUGGUUAUAGUGACUGUGAACUUGACGUCGAAACGCCCAACGCUGUUCAAAGUGCCCCACCAAUGUUCACGUCGUCACCAGUGUUUCCAUCUCCUCAAGUUAGAUGUCCUCAUUUAAGUCUGACGCAUAGUCCCAACUCUGAUAUAUGGCGAAGACGAUCAGAUGUAUCUACCAUUACUCAAUCUACCAACGUUUCACAAUAUCAAAAUAUUAAUGAAAACCUUCUGGAUCAAGCCAAGUUGGAGCGAUUGACGGAAGCCGCAAAUUAUAACGUCAAGCACGACUCUAAUAGCCGUUUUUUGCGAAACGAAAGUGCCACGAGUCGAGAGCAGAGAAGGCUCAGUGAGAAUACUAUGCCAAAUGACCGUUUGGAAAGUGUAACUAAUGCAUUAACGAAAAUGGAUCGUUUUGGUUUAAAUAAGGAUAUCAAAGAUUAUGUCUUACGUCGACAAAACUCCGAAGGAGAUACAACUGGGAAAAUUGACAUAUCGAUGCACGAAACUGCUAUGAAGAUGCCAUACAAAACUUCUCCGCUCCCCAAAGAAAAAGAUACAAUGAUAAAAGAAAAGUCAGAACCAGAUGUUCCUGUCAGAUGUGCUCGGAAAAAUCGGCCUACAAGAGAGGCCCAGUGUCGAUCCAUGGGCGAUAGUGUAUCUGAAUCAAAUACAAAUGAAGCACGAAAUCUUUUCCUCGGUACCAUAAAAGAGGGGGACUCGAAUAAAUCGUCCAAUGUCUGGACUAGAAAACAGGUUUCUAAUGAUCCAGCAACGAGAUCUGUUACAGACUGGCCAGUAAAUAAACAUGAACCGAUUUAUAAAGUUCAGCAACCCGGAAAACGUAAUAGAGCAAACGCUGUACCAACGUUGGAAUUGCACAGAAGAAAUUCAGAUCCUGCUACUAAAGUUUCUGGGCUUAGUGUCGAUAAAAGUUUAGGAGCUGAUACGAGUCCAAAUGACUUGAAACUUCCUCCAGGUUUGGGAGAAAUGGAAUGGAAAGGUAACCAGCUUUUCCUUGCUGGCCAUAGAUUCAGAAAAGUAGCCCGAUACUCUAAGGAUGACGUUUGUAUUUGUUGUAACGAAAAAAUGGAUGCGUUUGUGACGCAGGGAUUCAAGUGCGCGGAUUGCAAACAACUUUAUCACGUCAAGUGUAUUCAAAAUGGAGGUGUAAAUAGAAUACCGUGCUUAUCUAUGAAUGCACCAGAUAGAAGGAAAAGAAAAUUACGAUCAGCAUAUGAAUCUAAUAAACAACCCGUGGUACCAAAAUUCAGUUUGACGGGAACUUCGGCAUUUUCAGACAGCACUGAUAAAAUAAUUUCAGAUGCCAAGGAACUUGGACUUAUGCAAGACUUUAUUACGAAGAAAAUAUAUAAAAUGGAAGGCCAGGAAGAGGGUAAAAAGCCAAGCGAAGUGGAUCGUGUUUUUAAACUAGCGUUAGGGAAAUUCAAAGAGGACUUGGUCAUUACCUACAGUGUUGUCAUUCAGCAAGGAGUCGAAGGAAACAUUAAGUACACAGAUCUAAUAGCAAAUUUUUUGCACGUAAUGGAAACAGUUUGUAAACAAGAAAACACUAGAGAGGACUUCCCUGUUACAAUGGGUGUGAACGCGUUUCGGGGAUUUAUGAAUGAAUUCAUGACUCUUGUCAAAAACGAAGCUCCUGAGAAACAAAGCAAGAGCAAACGGAAAAAGGAUAAAAAACGGAAGCAAGAAGAAGCAAUACAUCAUGGCAAUCACACUUUCCAGUUGACUAUAAUCAACAUCCCAACAGCUUGCGAAGUUUGCACCUCGUUCUUCAUGUGGCCAAUCGAGCGGGGACUUGUCUGCCAAAAUUGUAAAUUAACAUGUCAUAAAAAGUGCUUUGGAAAAGCGACAGCGGAAUGUGGAAAAGAAGGAAUAACGUCUGAAAUGAAUUCACGCAAGGUUUUCGGUAUUCCACUAUUCAAGCUGGAUUGCGGGGAUGGAAAAGUACCUUUGGUGGUAGAUAGAUUAAUUACAACAAUAGAGCUGCAUGGUCUUUAUACAGAGGGCUUAUAUAGAAAGAGCGGGGUGAGCUCUAAAGUGAAAGAAUUGAAGUUAAAAAUGGACGAAGGUGCUUUAGAAGAUGUAGACUUUGAAAAUUAUCAAGUACACGUUCUGGCUGCUGUGUUGAAGAGUUUCUUCAGAGAUAUGCCUGAACCGUUGCUGACUUUCGAAUACUAUGAUGAUUUUCUACAUGCAGCCAAUCUCACAGAUCCACAUGAUAGAAUUUGUACCCUUUUUGCAAUAUUGAAAAAGCUGCCAAAACCUAAUUUUGAUCUAAUGGAACGAUUGAUCGUUCAUUUGGCGAGAGUAGCUCUUCAUGAAGUUGAUAAUAGAAUGUCAUCAUCAGCGCUGGCCAUAGUAUUUGCACCUUGUAUCUUGAGAACAAAUCGAACACUACCUGCGCAGGAUUCGCUACAAGAUGUCGGUAGGCAGACACGAUGCGUCGAGACAAUUGUACAAGAGAAGCUACGAGUUGUUAGGGCUACUCUAGAUGAUAUAUGUACUCUCGAGUAUGCUUGCCGUACUGCUACUCAUCGCCUUUCCAGUCUUCGAUCUUCGAAGAUUUUCAGCCCUGAGGAGCUUGGGCCUGUAACUUCUAGCACUUUGGGACGUGGUAACAGUAGCGAAAGGGGUGAUGAGGAAGAGGCAAUUCUCGUUGGUCACAUUCAAGAAAUUCAGAAGGAGAAAGCACUACUCACAUCGACUUUGCCAAGUCUAACUAGAGCUUCGUCAGAUGACGAUCUACUCUUAUCUGCUACAGAUUUAGAUGAUGGUUCCCUUGACGAAAUCAUGCCCCCUUCUUCCGGUAAGUUUGUUAUCCUUGUAGGAAUAGUAGAAGCAGAAAUUAUAUCCAUUUAUAGGUCGAAAGUGACGAAAUUUUUUCACAUUUCAGAUGGCAUCCCACGGAAGAAGAUUAUCCAAAGACAAAGUUCAGCAGAUAAUGCCUUUCCCACUGUUAACGUUGACGAAGAUAUGGUAAUGGUAUGACCAGUAGUUCUUACCCACAGAUAACUUUGCUCGUUAAGUAUACUAGAUGAUGUGAAAAAUAUCGAUAUUUUGAGCAACAAAUUGGCUCUUAGUGUAACUUCUCCGUGGUUCAGCUUUUAAUCGUCGUUUGCUAACAAUAUUGCGAAUUUGAUGUUAGUGAAAAUUGACGUAAGGUAGGUUGAAAAUUUGUUGACUCCAUCCAAUGAAAAAUUGGUAAUGACAUGCAAUCAUUAAGCUUGCAGAAAUUAUGCAGAGAAUGCAAAAGGAAGUAAUAAUUGCAUAAAAAAGCAUUUCAGCUUAUCAAAUAAGGCAAGAUAUAUAUAUCGGCACUUUCAUCGGGCUAUCUAUUGCCUAGAUUCUUGAAUGUCACUUAUUUCUUUUAUGUACCUUGCACUAAAUCUGCUUUACGAGAGUUCGGGAAACUGUCAUGAUAUAAUUUUAUAUUAUUUAGAAUGCAUUCCUUACAAAAGACUGCUGUUCAUAGGAGUUUAGUGGCCAUUAUUUGGGCAUUCAUUUCGUAUUUUUAGUUUUGCUAUAAUCGUUUACACUGUAUAGCAAUUAUCUCGCGCAAAUAUUCCGAUGUUUUGAAAGCUCAAUUUUGGAAUAGAAAAAAUUAAUUGUAACAACUAUUUUUUUUUCUUUUUUUUUUCAAUAAGGUAUGCUUCUUUCAAUUGUAGGCUAAUGAAAAGUUUAAGUAUUAUUUUUUUUUUUUUGCACUCAACGUCAAUCGAGUUACCUAGGUAGUCAUGAAUAGAGUCGUAGAAAUAUUCGUAGAUGAAAAAUAUGGAGUUAACAAAUAUAUGCUUGGAAAUCUUUAGCCAAUAUUUUUUAUCCAAGCACUAAGCCGUGUAGUCAAAACGGUUAAAAAAAUACUACUUGAAUUACGAGAACCAAGGGAGAAAGUUAUCAAAAAUACUUUUUGCAUUAAGAGAGAGCAAAAAAUUAGAAUAAACCAAAAUAUAGUGUGUACACUGUACAUAUUAUACUACUGUUCCAUGAUAUUCUGUUAUUAUUGUUACAUUUAUGAAAAUGUUGCCAAGAUUAUAUUUCUACUACUAUUGUCAGUAGACAUUUUUUUUUUCAUGCUGCCCUAGGAAGUAGCAUUCAAUACUAGCGAAUUCUUUUAAUUUUUCUCGCGGUUUGUUUUUAAGAAUAUUUUUAUUUCGUGCCUUUUUAUGCAGAGACACUGAAUGGGGGCAGACUGAUUGAACUUUGUCUGUUAAGCAAAUUAUCAUUUUAGUUUGUUAAUCGAUUUCAAACAUUUCUUUUAUUUCUUUCAUCAUCUAUUUGAUUUUGUUAGGUUUGCUUUUACUGUCUCAAUUCACACAUCUUACAUAAUUUUACUUCAAGUUUAAGCGAACAAAAAAUUGGUAAUAAUAGUGGAAAAGUAAUCUUUGGGAAAUUACUCGACGAAAACGCGUGUCGUUUGAUUCCAUAUCAGAGUUAAGUUUUUUGAUAGUUAAUUGAGUAUAAAUUGAAUGCAUAGUCAUACUAUGCGAGUACAUCCUUUAAAUGAAUAAUUGCGACUGCAACAUGAUAUUAUAACCCAGUGUUUUAAUAAUCAGGACAAUGAUGAUCUAUGUACAAUAGAAAUUUCGAUGAUCAAUUUUCAAGCAUAAUACCUAAAUUGGAAUAUUAUGUGUUAUCAAUUGAUAUUCUUUCUUUUUGUGAGAUUUCUAAGGACUCAAUGUACCUUUUUAGCGUAAUCAAACAGCACUGUAUAACUUGUAAGUCUAAAAAUCAGAAGAAACUCGCAGGUGGCUCGUGUUACUAAUGGAUGUAUAUUGUUACUCCUUUAUUUACAACAUACGUGGCUUUUCAUUAAUAAUUUUCUUUUCUAAAAAUCGAUUCCACUUUGUACCUUGCCGCAAAAGGAAUUUAAUAUUCAAUUAGGAAUAACGUAUAGACAAGGAUAGAGAUCAAUAACACACUGUUCUACGUAUAGGUUGUGUUGAUUGGUAGCAUGAGCCUACAUAUUCACGUAAUCCGUGUAUAAUUGUGUUGAAAACUCAAUUCUGUAAAUAACCGGUUUUACUAAGCGUACUAGGAUUGUGCACUCGUCACUUGAAAAAAAAAAAAAAGAAAAAAAAACAAACAAAAUGUUGUCUGUUCUUCCAAAAGCUAUUCUUAAUUCUAUUUAACUACAAUAUUGUUACUUUGAGAGGUUUUUAAAAGGGAAAAUUGAAAAAGAAUAGAAUUGAUCAUAGAUAACAAUACGAAUCACAGUUUUUAACGAGUUUAAUCGAUAUCAGUCGGCAAAAUAUUUUUAACUCUUUUAGACUAUUUUAAAAGUGAACGAUUGGUUCGAACCUUUUAUGCUUUAUAUAUUUUAAAGUAUAUAAAUAAAAUAACUUGAAGAGAUAGAGUUACAUUAAACGAGAAAAGAAAUAGUAAUUUAAGAAAGCUAAAAAAUUAGAAGAUUAAAAAAUAUAAAUCAAUAUAAUUGUUAUUUUCCUAUUAUUGCCAUGACAUCUGGGUGAGCUUGAACAAAAACACAAUGUUAUUAAUGAAAUUAUGGCAAAGAAAUUGUUUUUAACUUAUACAUAUUAGCCACAGCACGGUUUAUGACGCACUUGAGUGUUGUACUGUUUCAUGGGAUAAGAUUGUGCAGUUUAUUUAGAUUUAUAUCUGAAUAUUUGUUGACACACACACACACACACACAUAUACACAUAUAUAUAUAUAUAUAUAUAUAUAUUUAUAUAUAUGCAUAUACAUAUGUAU